AGAGGUAUUGACAGGUUCCCGACCACUUUCGCUGCUUGAGUUAGCCACUACAACGCUUGUCUCCCGUUCAACGGCAGAAUUCCACACCACAGACGCGCUAUCUCAUGAGCGCUUCACUCGAAAGCUUAACGCGCAAAUCCUAUUCAACGAUGGCAUUUCUGAAACGUAUUCUGGCUUUUGCUGCUAUCUUCGCCGUUACGUUUGCAAAAUUAAGUGUUCAGGGAAUCCCUUUCGCAGGCGAUGCAGAUAUGGAUCUCAAAUAUACGGAUGACGAGGUUUUCAAGCGAGAAAUAAGCGAUAAAAUUGAAGAUCUGCAUAAGAAUGAAGGAAAGAUGUUUGACAGAAUUCUCAUGGUGAACAGCUUGCACAAACGAUGGAAAACGGAAUAUCGUUUGAAGAAAAGGGGCCUCAAUUUUGAUAAUGUUAUCAACACUGUUAACGAAGGGGAUGAUAAUUUGUUGUUCGAAGGAGAUAUCGCGAUGGGUCAGGAGGAACUUUUAGAUAUUAAAAAAAGUGAAUCAUUCCGUCGUAAAAGAAACGCCAUCCACAGACGUAAAGCUAUUUGGACAACGCGGAGAAUUCCAUAUUUUAUAGACCCUGGACUAUCGCUAAAAGCAAGAGAGGCGAUUCAAAAAGCAAUGAACAUAAUACAUGCCAAGACUUGCGUCAGAUGGGUUCCUUACACCUCACAGAAACAUUACGUUCAUUUCAAGAAAGCUGACGGAUGUUUUUCGACAGUUGGCAGAGCUUACGCUCGAUCUGGUGGUCAAACAUUGUCAAUUGGCGAAGGUUGUGAAUGGGUUCCCAUAGCUCUGCAUGAAAUGACACAUUGCAUGGGAUUCUUCCAUGAACAAAGCAGGAACGACAGAAACAGAUACAUAACAAUUCUUUGGCAGAAUAUUCCAGUCGAUCUCCACGAUCAAUUUGCAAUGUACAGUCAUGGAACAAUUGACAAGAUGAAGAAAGAUUACGACCUGAGAAGUCUGAUGCAUUAUAGUUCCACAGCAUUUGGCAUAAAAGGAGCAACCACAAUUGUAUCCCUUGAUCCCACGAAAAAGAUUGGCGAUGCCGAGGACUUCACUAACCUUGAUAUUGAGGAGAUAAAUGCACUGUACGACUGCAAAACAUCUUCCAAAACUCAAGCAAUGUCAAGUUGGUCAGACUGGACAGAAUGCGAUGAUUCGUGUUUUAAAGAACGUCAAAGAUUCUGCUUCAGGGAAAAUCGAGCGGAGUGUCCAAGCAACACGAACGUAUACGGAAUUGAAUCCGAGUACGUCAAAUGUUCCAGCUCAGAAUGUCCAGCUCCGGUUCAUGGCAACUGGGGUUUGUGGUCUUCGUGGGGGACUUGCUCGAAAACGUGCGACGAAGGUAAACACAGACGAACCAGACAGUGUAACAGACCCGCUCCAAGUAAUGGUGGCAAAGCUUGCAUCGGCGCAGGCGAAGAUCUUUCCACCUGCCUGAAUAGAAGAUGUAAUAUGGGAAAAUACGAUACAGACUUCGAAGAUGGCUGGAAUAUAUGGUUCACUGCUGGUAACCAGGGGUUGAUACCAUGGACACAGCACAGCGGUUCAACCAAGACGAUGAAUACUGGACCACAGGGUGACCAUACUCUGCAAGGGAAAGGAAACUAUGUUUACGUGGAGUCGUCUAACAGGAGGGCUGGUGACAAAGCAAGACUUGUGAGCAAAUCGUUGGAGUUCACAACGCCUCAGUGUAUGAGUUUCUAUUACAACAUGUAUGGAGUCAAUAUUGGCAGACUCACGUUGUAUCUGGUCCCAGAGGGUAAGGGUUGGUUUAUCUUGUUUACGAAGACUGGGAACCAAGGAGAAGAUUGGCAUAGUGCUGACGUCACUCUGGACUGGAAAGGAAAAUUUCAACUCGUUUUCGAGGUCGAAAUUGGUCCAGGUUACUCGGAUACUGCCUUAGAUGAUAUUUACAUCGACAAAGGCGCUUGUCCAGGGUACGAAUGCAAGGAUGGCAACACGAACUGUCAGCACUGGGCUAACAAUAACGAAUGUACUAAAAGUCCUGGAUACAUGCACCUAAACUGCAGAGUGAGUUGUGGAGUGUGUACGCCACAUAAGGCGCCUAAACCGACACAACCUAUGACUGUCCCACAAAAAUGCGAAGACAGCUACACCUAUUGUAAAUACUGGUCACAAAAUGGCGAAUGCCAAAAAAAUCAAGGAUUUAUGAGCACGAAGUGCGCGGCAAGUUGUGGCUUGUGUGGAGAUUGCAAAGACAAAUAUCCCAGGAUCCAAUGUAAUGUUUGGGCAAAAGAUGGCUAUUGCAAAACACAUCCUGAUUUAAUGAUCGUCUGUAAACAGUCCUGUACUGGUUGUCCAAGUCCGUGUUCAGACGGAAAUUCAGAAUGCCCACGUUGGGCGAGGAUUGGUGAAUGUGAGAAAAAUCCGGUAUGGAUGACAGCCAACUGCAAAAAGAGUUGUAAAAAAUGUUAAGCUUAUGUAUGUGCGUGCUUCACACUUUCUAAAAAUCUGUUUUUGGUUAAUAACUUAGGCAAAGCGAAAUAGAAAAUGCCCUAAUAACAUCUGACGUAGCUUCUUUGAGUGACAGAACGUUUGCAGAGUUACACUGAGAACAAUAUACGACAUUUUUACAGUUAGCCUUAGUACUGUUGGUUUAUCGUGUAAUUCUCUUCUACAAUAAUAGCUUGUGUAUUUCACAUAUUUGAAACUUUGCAGCUAUUAAUAUCGUCCUUUUUCAACAAUAAAGAUAAACUACUACGAACAUUUUCACUGAAUCACGCGU